AUGGAGUUAGAGGUUAAAGGAGUUGCUGCUGCUUCUAGGAGCCAAAUUCAGCCAUUCUUUGGAAGAAAGAAGCCACUACAACAAAGGUGGACUUCUGAAUCAUGGACAAACCAGAAUUCUUGCCCACCAGUGGUCCCACGACUUGAUUUGGGAAGCCUUGUUGACUCUGAUGAGGAUAAUUUUUCAUAUAUUCCACUGAGUACAGCAGACCCACAAAAUUCAUCUUCUACUGUUGGUUGGAUCACACCAUAUCAAACAACGUAUACUCAGCACCAUCUAAAUGAAUUGAAUCAGAACAUAAUACCUGAAAAUUUGCCAGCACCAACAGACAAAUAUAAACUAAAAUAUCAGCAAUAUAAAACUGAAAUAAAAGAGGGCUAUAAGCAGUAUAGUCAGAGAAAUACAGAAAAUACAAAAUCAAAUAUUACACAUCUACAGUCUCCAAGAAACAAGAUAGAUGAAAAGUGUGUGCAACGUGAAGAAGCCAACACAGCUGACAUUACAACUCUGGAUAGGAAAGCCCUCUUACAGCAAGGUUAUGCAGACAAUUCUUGUGAUACACAACAGAGGGCAAGAAAAUUGUACGCAGAAACUGUGGCUGCAGAGAAGAAGAAACAGACUGUUGCAGAACAAGUGAUGAUAGACCAUUUAUCUAGAGCUGUAAUCAGUGAUCCAGAACAAAAUUUAGCAAUUGAGCAAAAGGAAAGUGAUAACAUCCUUCCAGACUCAAAGAUAACACCUCUUCGAUUUAGAAAAAGAACACUACAUGAAACAAAGAUAAGAACUAAUUCUACAUUAACUGAAAAUGUGCUUUCUCAUAAAUUACAGUUUGAUGGUAGGAUCAUAUCACGAAAUGGACGUGAUGCUUGCAGAGAGCUGAUUGGGUUCUUUUUCACUCAUGAUCAGUCCCUUACAAUUUAUGAAUAUCGACAAUUUGGGAAAAAUAGAACAAUUGUGCUUCCUUUUAUUCAAAAAAAAAUUUAUAGUCAUCAAUGCGGACGAAGAAAAGGAAAACAAUACCGACUUGGUGAUUUUUAUGUUGGUGCAACCUUGACAUUUUUGAGUUGUGAUCAUCUCAGCCUUCCAGAAAGCAUCAAAGAAAACACGUUGCUUAAACUACGAAUUACAAAUAUUGAUCAAAUAGCUUUGGAUUCUCUCAAAACCACUUCUAUGGAACAGAAGGAUGAUAUAAUCAGUCAAGAAACCAAUGAUAGGCUGGUCUUCAAGGCAAUUCAAGAUCUGCUAAAAGAAAAACUACAUAAAAGAGGUGUUCGUAUUUUGACUGAAUUGGGAAAAUACUUUCAACAGUUGGAUAAGGAAGGAAAUGGACUUCUAGAUAAGGCAGAUUUUAAGCAAGCUCUUAAAGUGUUUCACUUAGAAGUGUCUGAAAAGGAUUUUGAGUCUGCAUGGCUAAUUAUGAAUGACAAUGGCAAUGGCAAGGUUGAUUAUGGAGAAUUCAAACGUAAUAUUAUUGGUGAAAUGAAUGAAUAUAGGAAAUCAUUUGUUCGAAAGGCCUUUAUGAAACUGGAUUUCAACAAAACUGGCAGUGUGCCUAUUAUAAACAUAAGAAAAUGUUAUUGUGCAAAGAAGCAUUCUCAAGUAAUUUCAGGCCAUUCCACAGAGGAAGAAAUCGUAUCAUGGUUUCUAGAAACAUUAAAAGUUGCCUGCAGCAAGUCUGAUGAAGUGUCAUAUGGUGAAUUUGAAGAUUACUAUGAAGGUUUAAGUAUAGGAAUAGUAGAUGAUGAAGAUUUUGUUAACAUCUUAUGUGCUCCAUGGGGGAUUUAGUCUUUAACAAUCCAUAUGUCAUCAGCACUAAGCAUUUUAUUGGAGAGAUGAUUUCAGUGUAAAGGAUGAUCGAACACUGGAAUAUAUUUUCCUAGGACUUUCUUUAUUCUGUUUUUUUUUUUUUCUCUCAGAAAUGUUGAAUCUGGAAAGAGAAAUACCCAGAAAGAUAGAUGUAGGGUUAUAUGCAUGUUUGUGCAUGUGUAUGCAUGCUCACAUGUCCAUAUGUUUGAAAAGAUUUUUUUUGGUUUAUUACUUACCUUGCAUAUAUUUUAGAGGUCAUUUUUUUUUAUUAAUCUCAGUAGAAAAGUUACAUCUGCAUCAAACAAUAUGACAGCAGAUAUUUAACCAAGUUUCCUAUCCUUUCACAUUGCUUUUUUGCUACUUCUUCCUUGGGAUAUAUUUGCCACCAUUGUCAAUUUGAUAAAUUAGAAUCGGGCCCCAAACCAGUGAGAAUGAAAUAUUUCAAUAUGUUUAAAACAUAUGAAAAUAUUAAAAUAAUUAAAGGAUAUGCAAGAGAAAUUUUUCAAGCAGUGUGAUUACAGAUGUUUUCUGUAUAUAGAAUUUUAAGAAUGGAGGUUUACCUCAGUGAUGCUCAUUUAAAUACUGACUUGUCUUGUAAAUGUUUGUCUUCUGAAUCAUGUACUGUUGUUGUUUAAAUAAAGCACAAUGUAGUUAUUCUAA